AUGCAUGGUGAUCAGCUGGAGGAACCUUGUGAGGACUGGCUAUUUACCAUAAUGUGGAGAAAUGAGACAAAGAUAACCACAUUCAUCCUUCUGGGAUUUGGAGACUUACAUGAAUUGCAAAUACCACUGUUCCUGUUGUUUCUAGCAAUCUACAUUGUGGCAAUCACUGGAAAUAUCCUCAUAUUUGUGCUUGUUAUCUUUGAUCAGCACCUUCACACUCCCAUGUACUUCUUCCUGGGGAACCUAUCCUUCUUAGAGGCUUGCUACACCUCCAAUAUAUUCCCAAGAUUACUUUUAGCUCUCCUGACUGGGGACAGAAUGAUUUCUGUCAACAGCUGCUUAGCACAGUGGUAUCUCUGCAGUUCCUUGGUAGCUACUGAAUGUUGCUUACUCUGUGGGAUGUCUUAUGACAGGUAUUUGGCUAUCUGCAAACCACUGCAUUAUGCAACCGUCAUGAACAUUCAGACUUGCAUCCUCUUAAAAGUCGCAUCCUGGAUCAAUGGAUUUGCAGUUUUUUCUAUAUUACUCCUUUUGCUGUUGAAGUUACCAUUUUGUGGCCCCAAUGAAAUAGACCAUUAUUUUUGUGACUACUUUGCCCUCCUAAAAAGUUCCUGCAGUGAUGUUAGUUUCAUGAAAAUGUUGAGUUACUUUGUGGCAGCCAUUUUCACACUCCCUCCUUUUCUUCUCACGUUAGCAUCUUAUGUAUACAUUAUAGCUGCCAUCUUGAAAAUUCCCUCCACUACUGGAAGGCAAAAGGCCUUCUCCACCUGCUCCUCUCAUUUAAUUGUGAUUUCUGUUUUCUAUGGGUCUCUAAUGAUUGUGUAUAUGUUUCCAAAGACUGAAGGAAAGCAAGAUGUGGGCAAAUUUUCCUCCCUCUUGUAUAUAGUGCUGCCCCCUUUGAUCAAUCCCUUCAUCUACAGUCUGAGAAAUAAGGAGGUCAAAGAGGCGUUACAAAAUAUGAUUCGGAGGAUUGUGAACAGUAAACCUUACCCAUAA